UGUGACAUCAGAGUCGCCAUGUCCAGCUAUCCGUACGGGCAGGGCUGCCCAGGAGCUGCAGGACAAGCACCCGGAGCCCCUCCGGGUAGCUACUACCCUAGGCCCCCCCACGGUGGAGGGCAGUAUGGAAGCGGGGUACCCCCUGGUGGCGGUUAUGGGGGUCCUGCACCUGGGGGGCCUUAUGGACCACCAGCUGGUGGAGGACCCUAUGGACCUGGGGGACUGACCUCUGGAACUCCAGGAGGACCUUAUGGUGGUGCAGCCCCGGGGAGCCCUUAUGGUCAGCCACCUCCAAACUCCUACAGUGCCCAGCAGCCUGGGCCUUAUGGGCAGGGACCUCCUCCAGGUGGCGCCCCACCCAGUGUGGAUCCUGAGGCCUACUCCUGGUUCCAGUCAGUGGACUCGGAUCACAGUGGUUACAUCUCCAUCAAGGAGCUGAAGCAGGCUCUGGUCAACUCCAACUGGUCCUCGUUCAAUGAUGAGACAUGCCUCAUGAUGAUAAAUAUGUUUGACAAGACCAAGUCAGGCCGCAUCGAUGUCUAUGGUUUCUCUGCACUAUGGAAAUUCAUCCAGCAGUGGAAAAACCUCUUCCAGCAGUAUGACCGGGACCACUCGGGCUCCAUCAGCUACACGGAGCUGCAGCAAGCUCUGUCCCAAAUGGGCUACAACCUGAGCCCCCAGUUCACCCAGCUCCUGGUCUCCCGCUACGGUCCACGCUCCGCCAAUCCCUCCAUGCAGCUGGACCGCUUCAUCCAGGUGUGCACCCAGCUGCAGGUGCUGACUGAGGCCUUCAGGGAGAAGGACACAGCUGUACAGGGCAACAUUCGGCUCAGCUUCGAAGACUUCGUCACCAUGACAGCCUCUCGGAUGCUGUGACCCCGCCCAUCUAUAGAGUGGUGUGCAUUGGGGACCUUUCUUGGCUUGUGAGAGUGGGAGAAGCAUGUGGGCCUCUCUCCUUUUCCUGCCCUUCCUAGAAAAAGAUUUUCCCUUACCUGCUGCAGCACUGUUCCCAGAGAAGCUUGGGAGUCCUGCGUCGUAGCCAUCAAAUAGUGGGGCCUGGGCUGAGGCCACACAGGUAGGAGUGAGACAUGAGGAGAGGACUAGACAUCGAAUGUCCUUACAGCCCUGAGCACCUAAGUGACACAGCCUUGUACCAGGAGCAGGAGAGAUCGGUCAUUGCAGUGGGUUUAGGGUCCAGGCCUCUAGCUUUCGCUUCUCUGCCCUGACACCAGUGGGAAGUGCUCAUCACACUCUUAGCACCUGUGUUCCCUCACCUAUGUUGUCCUGUCAGAUGAACCCAGUUUCUCCAAACUGGAAUCUGACCAAGCAUGAGAGAGAUUUGCCCACCGCACCAGUGUGUUUGACCUCACCACCACCGCUGCCCACACCCACAAGUCCUGUGUGUUAACUUCUAGCUGCCUGGAGGCUGUCCCUGCCUGGGGAACUUGGACAGUGUGCUCCCUGGGUAUCUUUGGCCAGGCUACUGCUCUCCCAGCUUGCAUUUUCACUUGCCUGCCAUGCUCUGCUUGGCUUUAGUCCCCAGGGGACAGUUGCCACCUCCCACAGCCAAUGUUUUUAUUUUUUUUUUAUUUGCCGUUUUUUCAUUUGGGGCCAAAAGUCUAGUGAAACUGUAAGCUUCAAUAAAAGAAUGACACUCUGGAGUUCUGCGUUUUCCGUCAU